AUGUCAAAUAUUCCGUAUGAAUAUGUUGAUGAAUCAUUGAUUGAUGAAAAUUAUAAAUGUAUAAUAUGUAAAGAACCAUUGAUAAAUCCAACAGUCACACCAUGUGAUCAUACUUAUUGUCAAAAAUGUAUUGAACAUUGGUUAAACGAAGGUUAUUCAGCAUGUCCUUCUUGUCGUCAUAUUCUAUCGAUGAAUGAUUUAAAACCAGUUUCAACUCGUUUAAUAUUAAAUAUUCUUGAUCGAUUAAUAGUUAAAUGUUCGGAAUGUGGACAAAAUGGAAUUCAACGUGGCAAUUUUAAUGAUCAUCUUACUAAAUUAUGUCCGAAAGGAACGAUUUUUUGUUCAGCAUUUGAUAUAAAAUGUCCAUGGUCUGGUCCACGUGAACAACUUGAUAAUCAUCUUACUACUUGUAAUUAUGAAAAAUUAAGAUCCGUAUUAACUCAUCUUGUAAAUAAAAAUCGACAAUUAGAAGAACAAAUUCAUACACUAACAAAUCAAGUUCAAACUUUACAAUCCAUAGUUCAAAGUCCAACUAGACAUUUAAUUACAUUUGAUAAAUUAUUUGAAAUCGAAAAACGGACUGAUUCAGGAAUAUUGUCAGAAUUAUAUGAAGGUUUAAUAUGGAAUAAUGUAUGGUAUAUGCAUGAACAAUGGGUUAGAACAAAUCAUGCUCUUAGUGGAUGGAAGAAUGCAUAUACAAAUGGUCAUAUUUGUGUUGCAUUUAAUGGAAAAGGAAGUUCGAUGAGUAUAUGUUCAAGACGAAAAGAAAUCGAUACAUUUUCAUUAGUUUCUUUUGAAGCAACUGCUGCUUGGCUUGAUAAUCUUCAUAUUAAUAUUAUUGGACGACGAUUAAAACAAGAAUUAUAUUCCAAAACAAUCGUUCUUCAAUUUGAUAAUUCACAAAUAUUUUAUUUUGAUUGGAAAAAUAUGGAUGAACUUCAAUUCAUACCAGUUAGUGGAAAAGAACAUCCUGGUAUUCCAUAUACUGAUAAAUACUUUGCAAUAACAUGGAUAUUAUUAGGUUAA